GGGGAGAACAGUCGCCGAAUCGACAUUACAAUACCUACGCGUAUUUUGACGAAAACGACGUGUCCGUGACUAAAACGCGGGUGAAAUUGUGAAAUAAUUGUGUGUUUCAGUGUUAAUUUACAACGUUUGUGUUAUCAUUUGUGCAUAAUAGUGUUUUUGUGAUGAAAAAGUCCAAGGACUUUAGGGUAACAAUGUCUAGUAGUUGACAUGUUUAUCUGUGUCGUGUGUGAAGAUUUUCCCUUCGCGUGAGGAGGUGCGGUGCGCUUGUGUGUGUGGUUAACGUCGAUGUGUGUGUGUCAGUGGCCGUGGAUGUGGAUAUACGAGACGAUUUAAUGAUGGAUUGCAUUUCCAAGGAUCUAUAGAAUGUAAUCAUCCUUUCUAUCCAUGAGGAUAUCAACUUGACCGCAACUGACAAUGAGGUCACAGGCUUCUAAACCUUCACCUAAAAAGGGGGAGCUUAGUAAAAUUCACUCUAAAUCAAUAACCCCUAAAGUUAUUAAGAAGAAAAAAGUACCCGCUAAAAAGGUAAAGAAAAUUGUUAGUAAAGCUUUGGUCAAACAACCUAAAAAAAGUUCUGCCAAAGAUGACAGUUCCAGUAAAAGUGAUGACGACGCGGGAGCUGCUAGCAGUCCUGAUUCAGCAGCUGAUAAUGCUAAGCCUGGAACAAGUAAAUUACGCACCGAUUCACCGGUCAAAAAAACUAAAAGUGGGCCCAAAGAGAAGAAAGACACGCUUAAAACCUUGACAGAAACCAAUACGAAAAGGGCACCAACAAAAAAAAGUAAUACUGUAAAUAAGAAAAGAAUAAACCCUAAGGCUAAAAUGAAUAAAGAUACAAAACAAACUGAUACAAAGUACAAAACAAACAGGGAAACACCGAAAAAGGUAACAAAGAAAGUAUGUAAAACAAAGACAAUUGUUAAAAAAGCUGAUUUAAAGAAAAAGAGUUCACAACAAACAAAACAAGCUAAUACUGAAAAAGAUAAAUCAGCCAAUGACAGUACUAAAGACAGAAAAAGUGGAUGUGAAACAAUUGAAUCAGCCGCAAACUGCUGUCAAAGUAAUAUAGAUGAUGAAGAAUUAGACAAUCAUGAUAACAAAGAUGAAGCCACUGUCAAUGCUAAAACUGAAACUAAGAGUGAUAAUAAUAAAUCCGCCUCACCAAGCACUGCAUCAAAAAUUUCCACUAUAAGUUUGACAGAAACUACGAAGGUUGAAAUUGAAAGGCCUCCUAAGUUUUUCACAUCAACUCGAUUACCAAGGACAGUUGAUAUAGAUGUUAAAUGCUUAAAAAAUUCCAAAGGAAACUUAAGCGUGUCCGAAAGAUUUUUAUCAAUGAAAUUGGAAACUAAAACCGAAGAGAACUCUAAGGACAAAAAUGUUUCUAAUACUUUGAUAUCACAAGGACCUGAAAUUGACGUCUAUACUUUCACAGAAAAAGUUGAUUCGCCCAAGAACAUAUUAUCAGAUUUCAGAAGCCCUAUUAAUAAAAAUAUUGGACGAGUUCGCCCUAUUGCAAGAGUUAAGGGAACAAUUAUAGAUAAAAAAACCGAAUCAGAGAAGAAGAAGUACUCUCCACACAGACCAAUAGAAGAAGUAGUGAAACAAUUAAAAGCGAAUAAACGUUCUGAAGAAGUCGAUUUAUGUCAAUCCACUAAAAGUACUUUGACUAUAUGCCACUUGGAUAAAAAUGAUUUGACUGAUGUAAAAGAAGCACCAAUAAUACCAAAACCAAUUGUUAGUAAAUCGUAUAAGAUGGUAGCACGGAAAUCAAGUGUUACUGGCAAACCUUUUAGCCCAAUUCAUUUUUUAGAUUCAGAAACAAUGCAACAUAAAAAUGAUAAACCUGCUAAAACAAACAUAAUUACCAAAAAAGUAACAAACAAAUCAAAAAAACAGAAUAGAAAAGGAAGUUCAUCCGAUGAAGAGCUUGAUACGUGUAAAUUUGCACUCAAUAGUAAAACGCUUAAUCAUUCUUCUUCCGAAGAGAGCUCCAAUGAAUCUAAUGAUGAAAAUGACACCAAAGACUCUUCAGAAUCAGACACACCUAAAGCUAAGAAAACAAAAUUAAGAAAAUACAAGCGUAUCAUAGAAAGCAUGAAAAAAACCACAUCUAAAGAACUAAAAGAACUAUCCAAAGACUCCUUAAUUGAUUUGAAAGAUGAAUGUGCACUUUUGGGCGGUGAUAAGCCAAGCAAAAGACGACUGAAACUAUUAUCCAUGUGGACAGGUCCUAAAAAACAUAGAAUGGCAUCGCUGAACGCUAUUGCUAAAGUACAUUGCUUAUACGAAAAUGAGAGUCGUACGCAUAUGGAACUAGGCCUUAUGAAAACUGUAGAUCGACAAGCUUUACCAAGCACAUCAAAAUCACAACCAGCUAAGAAAAAGGACUCUAAGCCAAAGGACAUCGAAAAGCAUGAAAGCAGUGCAUCCGAAUCUGAAUAUGAGAGCAAAAUAGAUAAAAAAGACGAUUCUUCAGACAGCUCUGAUGACAGCUUACCUCAGAGAACUUUGCGUGGUGUCCCUGGGAUAAGAAGCGCAGGAAAAUAUUGGGAUCCAAAAUCCUCAUCAUCUUCAAGUGAAGAUAGCGAAUCGGACACCAAAAAGAGAUCUCCUGAGAAAAAGAAAAUACCUAAAUCUUUUUCAGCGAAGUCAGAUUCAGACAAACCAACAGCUAAAAUGAAGAAAACAGCCGGAGUACCUAUUAAAAAGAAGAGAAAUAGAAACGAAGUUGUGAUGGAUUUGAAAGAUAUGGUGGUCCAAAAGCGCAUGGCUAGCUUAAACGCUUCCGCUAUCCUGGCCGCCAGCUAUGAAAAACGAUCUCCUAAGUCAAAUAAGGACGAAACCACUUCAGACUCUGGUAGCGAUGAAUCGUUUUCUCAAAAGUCAAAAAACGGGGUGAGCUCCGGCGUGAAGUCGGAAAUGAAAAACGAUGAAACAAAAAAAGAGGGCGAUGAAUCUCAAUUAACAGAUAGGAAGCAAAAAGUAGAGGUUAUCGUUAACCAAGAUACCGAUGUAACCAUCACUGGUGUAUAUUCUACUCACCACCACGAAGGAUUUUGCACAGUAUCCGGCAUGCAGUACCGUAUUUCUUCAACAAGUCACACGCAAACAACUGCGACGGCUAAUUGCGAGAAGGAGGGCUGCCCAAAAGAAGAUACAGCUCGGUACACUCCUUUGUCUGCCUUAUCUUCGAUGCAGCCUCCCGCCGAACACAACCAUCCUCCUCAUCCAGUUCCGGAGAUUGGAGGCUUAGCUCGUCGAGCCGGAUGCUCCAGCGCGUUCUCGGCGCCUUCACCGGCAGCGCAUCACGAACCAGGAUACUACCAGCCGGCCGGUCCCCUUAUCAAGGAGACGAGUGCAGACGCAGAGCGGGCACUCGCAAGAUACCACCCACCACCACAUUAUCACGCGCCGCAUCCAUCGAUGCUGCAGCAGUAUGGUCCUCCUUACUACCCGGAUCUAUGCUAUGGACGGUAUUACCGACCACCCGCACCUUAUCACAUGCCGCCGCCACAACCAGACGCACAGAUGGUAGGCGUCGGCAGCGAGCCAUAUCCCCCGUCACAGUAUUAUGGCACGCCACCAUGCUAUCAACAUUCACCGCAAAGGAUACCAUAUGUUGAAUACAGAUGCCCGUGCCCACUGAACGCGUGUCCAAAAAACGUCCUUAUUGGGCCCGUUACUGGUAAAGCCCCAACCGGUAGCGGCCCAGCAGACUUACCCUCAGCCCUCGUGCAGCCCGGGGGCGCCUUCCGACCGAAGGUGCGGGCGUGCGCGCUUGAUACUGCCUCUGACACUCACGGCAGUGGAAAGGAUCCACCACUAGAACCAGAACCUCCAGCUGCAGCUGAUGCUCCACAUCAAUGUCCACUGCCGGCCAUAGGUGGUGCCUCACCGAAACGAGAAUUUCUCGAUGUUCGUGAUAAAUUAAGAAUCGCUGGUCCCCCUGAAGCUCUCGGCCCUCCAUCGCCAGCUCGAGGUUCGGCUGGUGUAUGCGCACCGCAACCUCCACCGAUUGCACCUCGACGAGCUCGACUCGGCAAAGACAUGGCUAGGAGAUCACUAGCUGGAGAUGAUACCGGUCUACUUCUAUCAGUACCGCGACAACAGCAGAAUACUACGACGCCUACACCCAGCGAUGCUGACGACGACGUAAUGGAGAUUUCCCCACCAGUUUGUGGCCCAAUAGAUUUAUCAUCUUCAGAUGAAAGAACAACACCAUUGGUCGAUGUUAAAAAAGAAAAUGAAGGGCCUACAUAUGCAUCAGCUCGCAAACCUGAGGCACAAGCCUUAAAAGAACACAACAACUGUAUCCUGAUCACGGACUCCACAACAGUUUCUGAUGGAGCAAAGGCAGUGAAACGCAGGUAUUCUAGACCAAAGCUUGAAAUAGAUAUGAAAGACUCUCAACUUGAAGACGUAUGUAAAACAAAUGGAAUUGGAGAACACGUCAAAUUACAAAAACGAAGGAAAGUGUCUGGUGAUCAUACUGAUAUAGGCAGGAUAGAAACUGUAACAAAAGAACCAAAAAAGAAAACCACAAAGAAACUCCCUAAAACCCCUAUCACUGAUAAGAAAAGCCUGAAACGAAAGAGGGUAAAGUCAACAAGUGGCUUGAGUAGUAAAAAAAUGCUUGUAGAAACAAACUUAGAUGAGGAUUUAAGGUCCAAAAGUAUUACAACCAUUGAAGAUACUCAAGUAACUAAGCCGAAAACAAAAAGUGCUCAGAUACUUGACAAUCUGAUUAGAAAAAACAGCAUCGAGAGGCUAGAUGCCAAAAAAUAUACUUCAGAUGGAGAAUUGGAUCCUGCAGAACUAUUUUUAUCCCCAAAUGAAAACAUAAGUCAAAAUAAGAAAGAAAACGAUAUCAAGAAAACUAAUAUCAACAAUAACCUCCUAGAAAAUACUGUCAAUGGAGUACGGCCCAACACAAUCGCAGCUGUAACCCAACUAAUUGAAAAGAAACUUGCUUUCAAAAAUGCUUGUAAACUAGAGACAGUGGAUUCCAGAGUGACUCACAGCAUAAAAUCAGUAUUAGAAUCAUCAGUGAUAAAAUCAGAAAUUAAAAAGCAAGUUAAGCCUGAAAUUAUUGAGGAAAAACCAACGAUUUAUCUAGAAAAAGAUGCUUCCAAAUGCGAGAAAAUUAUCGAAAAAGAUGAAAUAAUUAGUCAAGAAACGGAACCCAUUAAAACUAUGGCUACUUGUGACAGUGAAACUGCAAUCACAGUUUCAGAAAUACCUAUAUCAAAGGCACCAACUGAUUUUGAAGCAAAUAUUUCAAAUGAGGUGAAUAUCGAUGAAUCUCAAAAUAUAGAUGAAAAUUCAGAACACUCAGAGGGGAGCAAAGGUUCAGAAUCAAUACGCCGGGAUAGAUCAGCGUUGAAACGAUGCAAAUUAACUAAAAACAAGAUUAAAGGGAAAAAUGUGGCUAAAUUGCUAAUAUCGAAGAGACCGGCGAUAAAAACCGAUGAAGCCACAUUAGUGAUUGAAGAGGCUUGUGCAUCACCAACACCCAGCGUGGGAUUUAGGGGAAAGGCCCGAAGAAGAGGUUGUGGAAGCUCAAGACGAGGAAGACGGCCACGAUCACCCCUCACAUUACUAGAUUUCGGACCCAGAGCGCCACCACGGUGGAGUAAUGGUUGGAAUUGGGACGGAGAAAACUAUAUAUCCAGAGUCUACGUAAGCAACGACUCGCGACUAGUCCGCACGGCGCGGUGCUGGUCGCGCAUGACCCACGAGAGCGGGGACAGCGUGGCGCGCGGAGACUGUGUGCUGCUACGGGCCUCCGUCGCUAGAGCUCAGCCGUUCGUCGCCAGGGUUGCCAGCCUCUGGGAAAAUCCCGAUGACGGUGAGAUGAUGGUGUCCCUUGUAUGGUACUAUCGUCCGGAACACACGAAGCUCGGUCGGCAGCCGGAAGACGCACCGGACGAAGUGUUCGCUUCGAAGCACCGAGACGCCAACUCCGUCGCUUGCAUCGAAGACAAGUGCUACGUGCUCAACUUUAAAGAGUAUUCCCGAUACAGGAAGCGGCUAAAGGCAAUAGAGGCGGGUGUCCCCGCUAGGCCGUCGAUCGUUCCGCCGAUACCAUCGAGCGAAGCCGUCGCCGCGUGCGUGCCCAACGACGCCAAACUCCCGCCCGCCGUUUCGCCGGAGCUCGUCCUAUUCUGCCGCAAGAUAUACGACUUCAGAUCCAAGAGGAUACACGUCUCCAACAAGUGAGCUGCAUCAAAGAAACGUUAGGCCCUCGUUCUGGAGAUCCGUCUCGCGUCGAUCUCAAUGUAAUAAACUAUCGUCUGUUUCAAAAGGAGAUAAACACCAAAGUUACGAAGUUGUUUUGUCGACGGUACGUUUCGGUACUCGGUUUAAAAAAGAACUCGUGCACGUUAAAAAAGUAAAUGAGGACGUGAUUUUUCUUGAAUCGUAGUAGUGCCCUUGAAGCCCUUGAUUAGUACAAAUUCUACUUUCCCCUGGUGCAAACGGUAGCGUGAACUAUUGCUAUUUUUAAUGUGAAGUAGAUAAAUCGAUGUGUUAGUAUUCGCCGAUACGUCGAUUGUGUUGCUUGUGUCGUGAAUCGUGUUAGAAUUUUUGUUUUUCAUUAUGACAGUGAUUUGCUGUAUUAAUUUUGUAUUGUAUCAAGAGAUGCCUUUUGUAAUGUGUAAGUAGAUUUAAGAGAUCGCGUUGGGAUAAUUAUGUAUAGCGAUAUAUUUUCCUUUUGCUUCGAAGUGAUAUGAGCGAGUUUAUUGUGCUUACAUGUAGAGACUGUGAAAGCGUGCUAAGUUUUAAUUAAAUAAUGUUUGUGGCUGAUACAAUAUUCCUUUCACCGUUCUAUUUGGCUACAUGAAAUAGAUAAAGCAUUUAUAAUUAAUUUUUAAUAAUUGUUACAUUGUUGUCAAAGUAGAGUCUAUAUUAAAUUAUUCUUUAAUUAGUUAAGAUGACAGUUACGUGACAGCGAUUAUGCGAUGAUCAAAACCAUGUUAUUUAAAUCAAAUGAUAUCCUAAUUGUGUGUCGCACUGCGCGACUAAACUGUGUAGUACGCAGUAGUUGUAAAUAUAUUUGUUUUGAAGCAUUUUAAACAAAAACGUGCCCAUGAUUCUUGUAAAGAAUUCAAGAUCACAUUUUUGCUGUCGUCACUUUGACAUCACAAGCCUAAAUGGAUACAAUCAAUUUGUCCUGUACAAAGAACCCCGCCUGCAAGCUAGAGUUUCUGUAUUUUACUACCGCAUCCUAAACAGACGUGUUUAAUGUGUGACUUUAUCAUCUAAAUAUAAUUCGGUAUACCACUGACCAGAAAAUGAAACUUCACCCCUCCCUGCCUUCAAAGGAAUUGAUUUCAUUAAUGCAUUUCGGCCUUUUGUCCUACGGGCAGUUCAUUUUUCGUUUUCAAUAACUAU